AUGCGCGCGCGCGCGUCCGCGAGCGCGUCGGCGCGACGCGCGGUGCGUGCGCCGCGGUGGUGCGCGCCGGGACGACGCGCACAGGCGACGGCGACGGCGACGCGGAGAGACCCGCGGUUCGCGGCGUCGGCGCGGCCGGUGGUGAUCGUCGAUAACUACGAUAGUUUCACGUAUAACCUGUCGCAGUACCUGGGCGAUUGCGGGUGCGACCACGUGGUGGUGAAGAAUGAUGAGAUCACGGUGGAGGCGCUGCGGGCGAUGAACCCGCGCGGGGUGAUGGUGUCGCCGGGACCGGGACGGCCGGAGGAUUCGGGGAUCUCUCUGGACGUCGUUCGAGAGCUUGGACCGGAAUUUGGAGUGUUUGGCGUGUGCAUGGGACAUCAGUGCAUCGGACAGGUGUUCGGGGGGGAUAUCGUGCGGGCGCCGACGGGGUUGAUGCACGGAAAGUCGUCGCCGGUGUGGCAUCGCGUCGAGGUGGAUACCCUGCUGAGUGGCUUGCCGAGCCCGUUCCAGGCGGCGCGGUAUCACUCGCUCGUGAUCUCGCGCGAGAACUUUCCCGAUAGCGAGCUCGAGAUCACGGCGUGGACCGAGGAUGAGACCAUCAUGGCGGUGAAGCACAAGAAAUAUCCGUGGAUCCAGGGCGUGCAGUUCCACCCGGAGAGCAUCAUCACCGAGAACGGGCUCACGAUCGUGCGGAACUGGGUGAACCUGAUCAACGCGCGCGCGGAGAACGCCGCGGGGUAA